UGGCGGGAGCCUUGGCACCGGGAGAAAGAUGGUAUUUGAAAUGCCACUGCUUACCCAAGCAGUGUGCUGGGAGAGGCAGGACAGAUAAGGAGGAGGAAGAUGGAGACAAAUUGUGCCCGAUACAGCGUGAGGGUGUUCUCGUGUAUGUCGCCACAGACAGCGUGCUUAGCAAAAUGGAAAUAAAUGAGAUCUCGUGGCUGCCUGGAGGAACUUAGUAGAAAAUGCAAAACAACGAAAUAAUAAAACCUGCUAAGUACUUCUCGGAGUUGGAAAAGAGCGUCCUGCUGGCAUUAGUGGAGAAGUACAAAUAUGUGCUCGAAUGUAAAAAAAGUGACGCGAGAACUAUUGCUCUCAAGCAGCGCACUUGGCAGGCCCUGGCCCAUGAGUAUAAUUCCCAACCGAGUGUGUCCCUUCGAGAUUUUAAACAGCUGAAGAAGUGCUGGGAAAACAUCAAGGCAAGGACCAAAAAGAUAAUGGCACAUGAAAGGAGGGAGAAGGUGAAACGAAGCGUGAGUCCACUCAUUAACACCCACAUCAUAGGGAAAGAGAAGAUCUCCAGCAUGAUCCCUGAGCAGAUUUACUUUUUGCAGAACCCUCCCGAAGAAGAUUCUGAAUUCCACCCCGAUGCUCCUAACCAAGACUCAUUUGCCAUCUCUAACAAAGACCUGUGUGACGAAGACAGAGAAUUAAUCCACUUCCCGGUGUGCGAAGGCCCCUCCCAGUCGGAACCGUCGUGCUCCGCUAUCCGAACCACGGCCAGUAAGAACUACAGGAACAAAACUGCUCAGGAAACUGCUUUGAAAAAGAUGCACGAGGAAGAACAUCAUCAGCAAAUGUCCAUUUUACAGCUCCAGCUGCUCCAGAUGAAUGAGGUGCACGUGGCGAAAAUCCAGCAGAUAGAGAGGGAGUGUGAGAUGGCCGAAGAGGAACACAGGAUCAAAAUGGAAGUGCUCAAUAAAAAGAAAAUGUAUUGGGAGAGAAAACUGCAAACCAUCACCAAAGAGUGGCCGGUAUCGUCGUUUAACAGGCCUUUUCCCAGUUCCCCCUAACCCUCAGGGUGGCAGGACUGAAAACAGAGAAACCCCUCGUAUCCGACACGCAUUAGCAGGAACGUGUAAUAAAUCAACCUGUGAGUCAGUGGGCUUGUUACAGAGCAACCACUGGUAUAAUCACCUGUGGCAGGGUCAAAAAAACGCAGUAACUCAUUGGAGGGUGAGCAUGGGUAAACUGCUCUGAAUAUGACCUCUAGCUACAUGCUAUCCUUUACGUACGUGACAAAGAAAUGAGUUAAGAUACUGUCUUAGUUUUGUGAAAGCAUACGAUUGUGAGUGCUUUAAUUUUGAAUGUAAUGUAUCUCGGAUCUGGAUUCAUGAGUAAAUUCAUUCAGGAAAUGG